AAAAGCAUAAGAAUAAGGCAGGAAAAAAAGUAAAAGAGAAGAAAGAAGAAAAAGAGGAAAAAGAGGACAAGGAAGAAAAACAAGAGCAUGUCCAGUUUGAGGAAAAUCCUCAAAUAUUACCAUUAGAACCAUUAGUACAAGAGGGUAGCAAAGGAAAUAAGAAGAAAAGCAAGCAUGAAAAGGUAAAGCCAAUUCUUGUAAAUAAAGAUGAGCCAUUGGUUAUUGUGACUGAAUUAAGUUCUUCACAACCCCUAUUGGCAGAGGCUAAUCAUUUUGACCUCAUUCAACCAAAGGAUGACCUUGAACUCAUACGGAGUCAUAGUAAGGAAAAUUUGCAACAUAUUAGUCAGUCUGAGUCAGUUGUAAAUAAGUCUCCAAAGGAAACACCUACAAAAUCGAAGAAAAAUGUAAAAGAUUUAAUAAAAAAGAAGGAUGAAAAUGUUAAGGAAGAGAAAAAAGAAGAAAAGAGAGAAACAGUUAUCAAUGCUAAUGCACCAUCAGGUAAUAAAGAUUUCACAAAAGAAGUGAAAGAAAUUAAAGAACAGAAAGAAACUCCAGUUAAGGAUGCAAAGGAAAUUGCAAAAGAAAUUGCACCCUCUACUCAAACAACAAAUAAAGAAUCUAAAAAAAUGAAGAAAAAAAAUGAUAUCCUAGCACAAAUUGGUGGAGAUAAAGAUGCUGUUAAUGUAUCUCUCUUAAUGCCUUUGGUUCAAAAAGCUGAACUCAGCCGAUCUGAAAUACAAAUUCUCAUUGAUCAACUUUUGAAUAAACAAAUGGAUAACCCAUCAGAACACUCAGAAUGGACAGAAGGUCGUGCAGAUCCAGUUAUUAAAUUGAAGAAACAGCUGGCAGAAAAGGAGAAAGCUUUCGCUGAUGAGCAUGAAGCAAAUAUAGCAUUUCAAAAUAAACUGAAAGAAUUACGAACUGAACUUAAUUCUGAAAGGUCUAGAUUAUCAGCUAAUGUAAGACAACUAGAAGAAGCAUUAAAUGCCAAGAUUACAGAAACUCAAACUUUACAUACACGUAUGCAACAUAUCUUGGAAAGUCAUGCUGCUGAAAAACAAGGAUUCACUAGACAAAUUGAACAGUUGCAAACUAAAGCAAAUGAAAAUGCUGCAAUCAUUCAUAAAAUGCAAGAAGAUCAAGGACAAACUCAAGGUCACUUACAACAAGAAUUAAUAGCACAACGUAAACAAAUGGAAGUUCAAUUUGCACAAAUGCGUGAAAAUGAAAAUGCAUUAAAAGCACAAUUAGCUCAAAAACAUGUGGAAGUACAAGAAUUGCAAAGUGAAUUGCAAGCAACUUGUGAGAGCAGUACUGCUGAAAUAGAAAUGUUACGGCAACAAUUAGGACUUAUGCAAGGGCAAUUGAUGCAUUCAGAAGGACAAUUACAACAUUUUAAAGAAGCUGGAGAUAGAUUGCAAGAUGUUGCUAGGCAGCUUGAGGAAUCUCAUCGUGCACAUGCUGACUUAGAUCAUAGAUUAAAAAAUGUUCAUCGUCAUGAACAAGAACUUCAGAAACAAGUAAAUUCAUUGCAAAGUGAAUUAAAUUCUGUAAAAACAGAAGCUAAUGAUGCUUCAGCAUUAAAAACAGAGUUAAAUAAAGCUCAGUCUGAAUUAGUGAAAUUGAAAUCUGAGCUAUCUGUUUCAUUGAAUGAAGCGAAGUCUGAAGCAGCUGAAAUUACAGCUCUUAAAAUAAAACUGGUUAACAAAGAAGAAGAAUUAAAAAAAUCUGAAGAAGAACUUAACAGUGUACAAACUGAGUUAAAACAGUCAACAGAAAAUAUAACACAGUUGGAGACACAGUUAGAUGAAGCACAGAAGAAAUUAGAUUCUGUAAAAGUGGAAUUUGAAAAUACAAUAAAAAGUCUUAAACAAAGAGCGCAAAGUGACAGUAACAUUUAUGAAUUAAAUAUAGAUAAGUUAGAAGCAGUCCUAAAAUAUGCUGAGAAUGAUUCAGAAAAAUUACGCGCAGAACUCCAAGCCGCAAAUGAAGCAGCAAAUGAAAUGAAAACAUUGAAAAUCGAAGUAAAUAGAUUGCAGAAUAAUGAAAAGCAAUUAAGUGAAAUGCAGUUACAAGCUACACGAUUACAAGAAGAAAAUGAUAGACUUUCUAUAAAGCUAACAAGUUUCGCAGAAUUGCAGAAGCAAGUUAAACAGUUGCAAGAAGAAAAUGAAUCAUUGGCUUCUCAAUUAGCAGCAACUACUGAACGGCCAGCUGCAGAAGGUCGUGAGAAUGGAAUUGACGAUAAUGUUCAAAAGAAUGUACAACUUGUAGAGCAGACUAAUUUGUUGGCGCAAAAGGAAAGUCAACUAAAUGCCUUAAAAACAGAAUUGACACAUAAAGAAGCGGAACUUAAUCAAUUAAAUGCUCAAGUUGAUGAAUUGCGAAGCGAUGUGAACAAUCACCGUAGUCUUGCUGCACGUUUAAAUAAUGAUUUAGAAGCACAAAGAUCUAAAAAUAAUGAGUUACGUAAGAAAAAUUGGAAAGUAAUGGAAGCUCUUUCUGCUGCCGACUUGCGUGUUAAAUCUAAUAGUUGGAAAAACUUUGAUGAAGUUAUACAGCAUGUAAAAGUAGAACAAGAAGAGUUAACAAAGACUUUAUUACAAAGGAUAUUCCCAGAAAUAAAAGUAUCUGAAAAAUCACAUGACCAGUGGCUCAAAGUUUUUGAAAAAAAAGUGGAUACAGUUUUAACUGAAUUGAGAAAGAAAAAUACAACCGAUGACUAUUUAGAGUUAGAAAAACAAAAUAAAAAUUUGCAAGAUAUGGUUUCACAUUAUAAACAAAUCAUUGACGAUACAGAAGGCAUGCUUAAUAAACUUCAAAGUCAUGUAGAAUCAGAAGAAACAAGAUGGGAGUCGCAGCUCCGACAAAAGGAAAAUGAAGCAGCCAAUCUUAGAAUUGAGUUGAACCAACUCUUGAGUAAAUUAAAUAUAAAUGAAAAGUUACAAGAUGAGGUAGUUGAAUUGGAAAUCAGGUUAAAAGAUGCGGAAACUUUUAAAGAACAAGCUAAUGCUGAGUUAUUGGCAUUGAGAUCUACGCCAAAGUCGAUCUCGACUGAUAUAAAUACCCAUGAUUUAACUACGCUGGAAAAGCUUCAAGAGGAAAAAGUACGAUUAUCAGAAGAACUUCAAACAGAAUAUAAGAAAAGAACAACAGUAGAUGCAGAACUAGAUAAGUUACGAUCUGUAGUUACACAACUUCGCCAAAAAAUAUCACAACUUAAGAGUGAAGUUUAUGGAGGUUGUAGCAGUUCAGAACAAUCAAUGUUAAAUGGGCCGCCAACUUCUGAGUGUUCUAACUCCGAGCCCCCACUAGCAGCACAGACUCUGAUUGCUGCAUUAGAAAAUAUUCUUCGCAAGAACACAGAGUUCGCAAAUUGUUCAAUAGCCAAGCCCAUCAAUUUGGUUCAGUCUCAACAAGAAAUUGACAACAGCCCCCUUACUACAAAAUACUUCUCCAAAUCUUGUCAUAUGACAGAUCACAACACACAGGCUAGCUGGAAUCCGUUGAUGGGCCAGCAGCAUAAAAAGCACAAGAAAAAAAGGAAGUCCACUAAGAAACCCAUGGCAAAACGGCGCAGAUUCGCAGGGUGGUUCAGGAAAAAAAUAACUUCGAAGAAUAAGCUGCCUUAGCGCAGCACGGAAUCAGACGAUUGAUGAAAGAAACAAAUGAAAUUACAUAUGCUC